AUGGGGGCACAUGCAAAUGACAGGGCUAACUAUCCGUUAUCUGAUAUUACUUCCCAUUCAUCACAACCACUUGAGUACUCUGAUAGGAUAGUUUCAGCGGCGCUGACGUCUUCCGGAUCUCCCGUUCUUCCAUUGAAUGACCAGCUUCAACAACCGCAAUCAAAACCAAAGGCAUCUCUAGGAUUUGCUGCGAAGUCAUUAAAAGUGCUGAAAGUUACCCCUGACGAAAGAGAUGUACCAGUGCGAAUUUUCCACGAAAAAUCAGGUCAGCUUUAUUACAUAGAGGCUGAUUCGGUUCCAACUUUCCGAAUAGAUUCAGCAGCGCUACCAGAUCCAAUCCAAUUCUACGAAUCGGUCACCGAUCUUGGUGAGAAAUAUGGGUGCGUGAAACUGGUUAUUGUGCAAAAGAAUAGCAACGAACCCCAUUCCACUUCCGAUUUAAAUUUCGAGCACUUUUGGUUUAAAACGAGAAGUCAGUACCUUGAUGAACCCAACUCACUGGAUGCCAAAAUUUUAAAUUUUUACUCCGAUCUGUACAAUUUCUUUACUAAUGUGAAGAAGGUCAAGACUUUUCCCAAAGUCCCUACUAUUGAAAAGCGAACCGUGAAUCUCUAUCGUUUGAAACAGUGUGUUCAUUUGAGAGGCGGUUUUGACACAGUAUGUCAGAAGAAGUUAUGGGCUCAGAUCGGGAGAGAACUGGGUUACUCGGGGAGAAUAAUGAGUUCAUUAUCCACUUCUCUGAGAUCUGCUUACGUAAAAAUUCUCUUGGAAUUUGACAUUUAUGGAGAUUCUAUGCCACCAUCCAAUCAUAAGAUCAAGAAUAAGAACCACGUUUCCGAACUUGGCUUGACACCCGUUACGGGCCCGUUAACCGGGGAUGGGGAAUCCGAAACAUUAGGCAAGCGAGGUGCUCCAAUGACGGAUGAAGAGAGACAUCCCAGUAAGAGAUCAAAACUAGAAGAAUUUGAACUGAGUGACGACGUUUAUGAGAUGAGUGGUAUAAACAGGGGCUUUAAAAGAAUAAAAGAUAUCAAAAUAUCCAAAAACAUUGAUACUCACUCAAAUGACAAUUCAGAUGAUAGUACUAUAGGCACGAAGCCUUGCAUUACACCCUUGUCGGGACAUGACCCUUCAUCUUGGCAAUAUUUUUUCCCAACACAUGACAAGGACUCAUACGAUAAUGCAAUUUCACCCGUCUACAAUAUAAAACAGUAUUAUGAUCAGAGUCAGAUGGUCAAACAGGAACUUUUAAAAAGACUAGGGUUGUCCAAAAUAAAUUCUUCUCUUACCCAGAUGACAUUAUCCGACUUUGAAAAGCUUUUUUUCCAGGCAUUAGAAGCUGAUCUCUCGGACAUUGAAAUAGAUACCGCAAUGAAUGUAAGCUCUGUGAUAAACAGUGGUAGACUCUGUGCCCAAAAUUUGGAUAACACUAAACUAGAAAAUUUAUUGAACCCAUGGAAAUUAGCUAAUGUCCCACUCAGUGACGAUUCACUAUUGAGAGUUUUGGAUUUUGAUAUGGGGAACUUUACCCGAACCACUUACGACGUUGGAAUGCUACUUUCGGUUAGUGCUUGGUCUUCUACCGACAAUUUCAUGCCCCUAUUAGAUUACCAACAUAUUGGAGGGUCGAAACUUUGGUACGUAAUUGCGCCAGAUGACCGCGAAAAAUUUGAGGACUUCUUACGGUUUACAGCUGAUAAAAAGUCAGCAAUAAGCGAAAUCCAAGGAAGUGGUCCGGGUGCGUCUUCUGCUCCAGGAUUUAAAGAUUCCGAAUUGUUUAAUUGUUACGUCGAAAAUUCAAUGUCUAAGGAAAGUGGUGAUCAAAACACUGAUGGUUUAGACAAGUAUGAGGGGUUCUUAUUUCCGAAAUUAACCGUCAAGAACUUACCGUCAGAAUACCAGGUUAAGCCGGAAGUUUUGGAGUUAGCAGGUAUCAAAACUUACAAAAUUAUCCAAGAACCUGGAACAUAUAUAUUCAAAUUCCCAAAAGCAUACAGCACCACCAUAGGAAACGACUUUUACGUGUCUGAAUCAGCAUAUUUUGCACCACGUUCGUGGUUGAAAUACGUCCAGGAGGGCUCAAAGUGGCUGGCCGAAAAUCAAAAGCUGGUAAGUUUACAUUCUUUGCAGUUUCUGAUCAUGAUACUUCUGUACUUUGAUGACACUAUAAGCAAAAGUUUACUAAUUGGGAUGAUUGUUCCACGUCUAGAAAACGAGCUAACUGACAGAAUUCACCUUAAAAACAUUUUCCCAGAUUUAGAAUCUGUGGAAGAUAAGUUCGAUUUCAUUUCUGACUAUACAUUGAGCUCUACUGGGCUAUUUAAAAUUGUCUUGACCCUGGGGGAAAACUCAUUUAAUAUGACGAUUUCUGAAUUUCUGAAUAUGUUAGAACCUAUGGAAGAGUCUAACAAUUGGAAAAUUUUUGGCAAACCUUUGAAAACUUUUAAGAUUGUUCUACACUCCUACUACAGUAUCGAACUUUUGAAUACAUUGUUGGAUGGAGACGUGGCGAAAGCACAGCAACUAUUGAAGCAAUAUUUUAACUCGCCUGUAACUGUGGAAGACGAAUUAAACAUUGUGGUCGCUGAACAGUAUCCAGACCGUCGGAUGCCGUUAGAGGUUCUGGAGGAAAUAUUCCAAAAGGGGAAAAAGGAUGACGAUUAUUCCACUUUGGUGAGCACAGUCAUAAACGAUUCCAAUUUACUGAGAGCUGAAUGUAAAUACAUGCUGGAUAUGAUUAUCAUACCAAGCAUGUCUUCAGAUUAUGAGCAGAAGAAACCUGAUCUGGGCCAGCUUGAAGGUAAGUGGUUGAUUGACCUCCCAGUUUCCCCCAUUGCAUUUUCGAUGCAUGAUUUAAAAAUAUUACGAACAAAGCUAUUGAAAUUACCAGUAACUUUCACUGAGAUGGACAGCAUCCUUGAUUUGUAUAAUGAGGCUGCUCAAUUUCAGCAGGUUGCCGAGCAUUCCUUAAGCACAAAUAAUAUCAAGAAAAUUAAAUUAUCGUACAUGAAAAGCUUUGAGACGCCCUUGGAUAGAGCAUGUAAUGAGAGGUUAGUCAAAGCAAUAUGCAGACAUCAUUGGCUGGACACGUACUACGAAUUGUUUGUCUCUGUUGACCCUCCAAAAGAAACCAUUCCAAAAUCUGUGCCAUUUCUGUAUAAAAUGUUCAACUAUGGUUUGAAGUUUUGCUAUCAAGAAGACAUUUACAAAUUAGAACGCCUGCACAAAAAACUUGUUCUAAUUCAGGACGUUUUCAAAAGAAUCAGGAAAAUAGUGAAAAACAUAAGGGCUGGGUCAAAUAUUUUGAUUGCUGAUAUCACAAAUAUCCUAGAAAAUAUCCAGAAGGAAAAUAUUCCAGUCUCUCGAUCAAUAACAAAAACAUUCGAUCGGAUUAUGACAGCUGUUGAGGAUGCCAAGGUAGAAAAAAAUCCCCUGUGGAAAAAUUUGUCUGUUAACAAGCAAUACAUCGAUGCGAUAGACAGACUUUUGAGACAAAACUCCGUCAAGGCAUUUUCGUUAUGUGGCAGGUUUAACGGCUCGAAAGAUGACCAAAGACUUUGCAUCUCCGAUGUCAACGAAGAAUCAGUCGUACACCACCAGGUGAAGGAAUGUAAGUCAUGGACAACAGAACUGAAUAAAUGUUUGAAAAGGCAAAAAAUUACAAACAUUCUGACCUUGGUUACAGCGUGUUUGGAUUUAGAUUUCGACUGCUUUACUAAAAGAGGUUCGUUAGCUGAAAAGGAUGCCAAAUACUGUUUCUGCCGGAAGGGCGAGUCCGGCACUAUGAUUGAAUGUGAUAUCUGUAAAGAGUGGUACCAUACUAAUUGCAUUGGUCAAAAAGGGUCUAAAUCGACAGCUACUACGAAUUCAGUCUUUGUUUGCUCCCUGUGUAAUAUUAAUUCAAACACGGUCAUGUCAAAAAGAAACGGAGUUAACUAUGGUGAUUUGAAGCGGUCUGUGAUAUCGUCUUUAAGUUUGGAGAUUAUCCCGGACAGAAGAGUGUUACAAACUCUUUUCAAGUUAUUUGAGAUCUGUUUGACCUUCAAGAAUCAAAUGGAGGCAGAAAUCUACGAAAACGGGAGAAUAAACACAGCAGUUCCGAUGGAUAAAGUUAAAUUCUACUUGCGGAAGGCAGAAGGGUCGAAGAUAGAAUUUGUCGACCUGGUCGGACCACUCAAAAGAUACUGCCAUAACGUAGACGAGGCAAAGUUUGCUGAGUAUAGAAUGAAGGAGAUUACGGUGGUAACAAACCAGGAACACUUGUAG